GAGAGAUGCUCUGAUUCCGGUUUGCCUCCUCUUCCUCCGUGAACGCGCUCACGUCUGCCGGUGCGGAGCGAAGAUGCGCAUGUGACGACAAAAGCAAACGCAGGACCCGGUUUCACCAGGACGCACACACACACACACACACACACACACACACACGCGCAUACACACACUAUGCGUUCAAGACUCAGAGAAGAUCUACCUCUCUGAACGACGUGUACAGCCGAACCAGACCUGAGCAUAAGCCGGUCUGCGUGGAUUUAACCCCCCCGAGUGCCGGCUUUGGCCCAGGCUGUAGCCAUGCCCCUACUGGAAGAGACCACUCUGCCACAAGAGCACCCACCUACUGUUCCUGUGGUCAUCAUAGGCAACGGGCCAUCAGGUAUUUGUCUGUCCUACCUGCUAAGUGGUUAUAAGCCUUAUUUGGACACAGCAACGGUUCAUCCAAACCCAAUACUGUACAGAAAACUGCAGGAGACCAAGCACCUACCCAUCACCGAGCAGGACCUGGAGUAUCUGAGUGAGGGUCUUGAGGGGAGGUCAAGGAACCCUGUCGCUGUACUGUUUGACACCCUUUUGCACCCCAAUGCUGACUUUGGCUAUGAAUUCCCACCAGUCCUUCAGUGGAGGAGGGACAAGCAGCAGCACAUUCCACAUCUGGUGCUGGGAAGAUCAACACCUGGAGGUGCCUGGCAUGCAAUGGAAGGCUCCAUACUAACUAUUAGUCUUGGCAUCUGGAUGGAACUUCCUGGGGUUAACUAUCGAGACUUGAUCAAUGGGAAACGCAGGGAUGUAACUAGUGACAGAGCCACUCCAGAGGAGAUCUCAUCCUACUACCGCAACUAUGUGAAGCUAAAGGGCCUCCAGAAGAAUUUUGUUGACAACACUUAUGUGACCUCUGUCCAGAAGCUCUGCCGUGGACAAGAGGGGGAAGGUCUGGAAAAUGGGCACACUGAUCAAGGAGAUGGAGGGAUGGGAGAUGGUGGGAAUGAGGGCUUUGAGGGAAAUGGAGUUGAAUGUGGAGGGGGGGCUCUCUGGGAAGUAAGGGGAUACCAGCAGGUGCAGAGCGACACCCAUGUCCCCUUCUCUCUGUUUGCUGAGAAUGUUGUUCUGGCCACCGGUGCUUCAGAUUCACCUGUUCGAUUAGGUGUAGAGGGAGAGGACCUUCCAUUUGUAUUCCACAGCAUUUCAGACCUAGGUUUGGCUGUGAGCCGGAGGAAGCUGGAUAUGAACUCUGAUCCAGUUUUAAUCGUAGGCGCUGGUUUAAGUGCUGCAGAUGCAGUUCUGUGUGCUUGCAACAGCAACAUCAAAGUGCUACAUGUGUUUCGUAAGAGCACAGAUGACCCAGACCUCAUCUUCAAGCAGUUGCCAAAAACCCUGUACCCAGAAUACCACAAAGUCUACAACAUGAUGUGCUCUCAGACCUACACAAAUGUGGCUCCUUCCUCUGCUUCAAACAGACCACAGGCAGUGAGCAUUGCUUCUUCGGUAUGUGCCAAGAUGUGCCCAAAGCCUCAACUUGCCACGACUAAAAUGACUGGUAAUGCAAGUGUUAGCCUGUUUCCUGACUACACCAGUUUCCCAGAGCACUGUGUGGUGUCCUUCCAGUCUGACAUGAAGUGCUUACUUCAGGGGAACAAUUCCCUCAAAGCAUUCAAAAUCUCAAUGGUCUUGGUGCUGAUUGGAACCAACCCAAACUUAUUUUUCUUGAAAGGUCAGGGCCAGUAUCUCAGUCAGGAUCCAACAAAACCCAUCUCUUGCAAGCAGAAUCCCAUUGACAUCCACCCCUACACUUUUGAGUGUACUAAGGAGCCAGGUCUGUUUGCGAUGGGCCCACUGGUGGGAGACAACUUUGUUCGCUUUUUGAAAGGUGGUGCUUUAGGCAUUGCCUCUUGUCUGCUGAAGAGACUCAAGAAGAAAGGGAAGCUCAUCAGCAAUGGAGGGAAUGACUUUAUUUGAAAACAUGACAGAGAAGAGAGGGGUACAUGUUGGGCAUAGGGCCAACAUUUCUAGUGCUCUUACCAACUGGUGCAAAGAAUGAAGGGCAAAACCAGACCUGUAAUAUGUUUUCAUUGUUAAUGCAGUGUUUUCUCAUCCAAACGGCAAUUUUGCAACUUUGUAAGACCAAAAAGACAAAGGAUGUAAACUAAUUACUUUCUAAAGAAACAAUGGACUGCUUUUAAUAGUUAAGUCAGACUUCAUAAGAAGUUCCAACAAGUCCAAGCUACUGUGUGCCAAUGUUUUCUAGUCAAUCUGUAACCUCAUAAAAGAAUGGGACCUUAUUUUCAUCAGGGUUAUUUUUUGUUCACCAUGUGUCUUUCAAUCCAUCUACUAGCAACACUUGAUUUGCUGUUGUAUUAUUUUAGCUGGGCCCUUUAGCAGAGGGAGUACUAAAAUAUAGAAACAUUAAUAAACAAUACUGUAUAGCUAUUGUUCUGUAAGUGAUGGGCACUCACUAAGAGACUUGGGACUAACUAUUAGUAGAAACCAUAAGUGGAUGUUUGCAAUAUGAUCUGCAAACAAGAUUUGUGUCUGAAACUGUGACCUAACAAGCUCAUAGCUCAACAGUCCUAAUGUUCCUGAUUAUUCUGAGCCUAUCUUCAUUUGCUUUUAUGGUUCAAUUUCUGAGGAUUCUUCAUUUAGCUGCUAUUAUUGGUAGCUGGAGCCAUACACAUAAAAACUUAAAAAGUCUAGUAAAUCUGACCUCAUUGCUUCCAUAAUUGUGCAACUUCCAAGGCUUCCUAUGCAACCAAUUACUCUUGCAGAUCCAAAUGUGUUCUAUAAAGCUGGUUUUAAUCUCAUCAUUACCUAUUCGCUUUUACUUACCAAGUUUUCUGGGAUUAAAGACUGCUGGUGUUUUGCAUUUUUCCACAUUACAGUAAAACAGGGGUCACAUAACUUAAAGUACUUUAUUAAAGUUAAAUUCAGUUACAACAACCUUUUUUUUUAUUUUUUUUUUAACUUUAUUUAGCAACAGAGAAGAGAACAAAGAGGAAACAAUGCCAGGGAGAAAUCUAUUAAAAAAACAGACCUCCCUGCAAAUUAUUUUCAUACGAUCCAAAAUAAAAUAAACAAAAGUAUCGUAAUUAAACCCAGCCUUUUAAACUAAUUGGUAUUAUGAUCAUCAAAUGGUCAACUACAAUUUAAUUAUAGCCAAUAUACAGUAAUAUAAAAUUUAAUUACUGCCUUCAUUAUGUAUUUCUUUGGAUGCCACUUUCAAACACUGCGGCUCACUCACUCACUCACUGCAAGAACAGAUAUUUAAAACAUUUCUGCUUUUCAAUUUUACCAUCCAAGUAGUUAUUUUUAUUAAAUCAUAUUUAAUCUUUCACAUUAUCAUGUAACUACAGUGUGCCAGUCAUUACUUAUUGUGGCUAUCCCUGUUGAAUCUAAACCAACACUAACAAGCAGUCGUAUUAUGUUUUUUUUAAUAUUGUGGAACAUAAUAAACUAAUUUAAAUUAACACUAUAAACCAAUUAAUCACCAAAUAACAUUUCUCCCGCAACAUUUUCUGAAAUGUCAUCUGGAAAGGAAAACUUCAUAUCAUUCAUACUAGAGUGAUUAAUGGAAACUAAACAGACAUUUACAAAUA